AUGCUUCCUGAAAAAUUAUACGUAAGUCGGAAUUAAGUGUUUCUUGAUUUAUCUUAUAUAUAUAUAUAUAUAUAUAUAUAUAUAUUUAUUUAUUUAUUUUAAGUCAGCACUGAUCUUUACUUAUAAAGUUUGUUUCGGCAUUAAACGCUUUACUCCUAUGAUGAAUCUAAUUAUACGCCUGGAAAAAUUCUUAAGAAUAUUUUCCCACAUGGCGCUUUUUGAUUCAGUCUUAUCGGAUAUAUCUGAAAAAAAUUAAACAACCCUCAAUCUGUCCCUUUUCCUUGAGAACUUUAGAGCACUCUGAAAGUAGAUGAGACAAAUCUAACGACUUUAUAUGGGUUAAGAGUUGGUCAAAUCUUCGGGUUGAAGACACCAGCUGCGAUGGUUUGACUCCGUUCCAUCUAUUUAUCCGACGGAAUGUGUACAUACUAUGCCCUAGCAGGGCAAUGGGCAGCUUCUGGGAUCAGAGCGAACAGCAUUUGGGGAGUUAGAUGGUUCAGGAUAAGUACCACUACUCUGCUAGUGGAGAGGUUAUGCACUACACUUGAGAUCCGUAGUUCUUUCUAAUCGCCGGCAGAAUUUUGUGAGCUUCAUUCGCAAGGUAGGUUUUUCUGCUUUCACACAAAAUUCAUGCAUACGGACUGGUUCCGUUCCAGGCCACCUACACAGCCGCUAUCUCACAGCGAUUAAAGCUGACAUUGCAUGACUCUAAAUAAUAAAGGGCUGCAAGAUUGGACAGUACGACUAGUCCCUCGCUGUUCCUACAUUGUUUUAUGUUGAGGAGUAGCGGUCAGAUGGAUUGAAACAGAGCGGUGCUCAUGGUAGAUGGAUUAAAAUGUGCUUAGCAGUCGGCCCAAUGACUCCCACAGUGAACCACUUGGAUGAGAGUAGGUCAAGAUUGGUUUGAAAUUAAUCUGAGGUAACUGCUUAGCCUCUGUCUAGAGUUAACAUGAAACAAACUCUCGAGAUCGCGUAAGUAUCGCUGAGGCAAAAAUAGUCUAUUCGGACUUGCAGGAAGUUGUUGCCUCUUCAUGCAUAUAUCGAGUUAAAUCUCUUUAACAGAGAAUACGUAGUAGUAGAAUCCUGAAAAUGUCCACGAAAUAUUGAAGGCAUGGCUACUUGAGAUGUCUUCUGUGAUAUUCAUAAUUCUGACACUAGCUACGGAUUCCACCUCCAAACACGUUCAAGGGCUCAAUUGUAACGAUUACUUGUUGGCCUCAAAUUCACUUCCUAAAUUUGGGCUAAUUUAUGCCUGAUAACCAUUGGCCAGGAACAAAGCUAGGUGCGGUUCCACUCACAUGACUUUUGCCCAAGUAUUAUAUCUUUUCGGCCCGGACAGCUGACAGAUCGGGAUUCACCAAGAAGCGCCAUUCCGCGAGUUCUACGGAGGGCUUUCCUGAUACUGGCAGGUAACGUCUACGUUCCUCUACAGGGGUUUCCAUUCUAGACUGUGAACCGAUAUCUGCUAUAAUCGUCCAGAGAGACUGAACGCCUGCUAUGCCAAUAUGCUCGUCGCUGUGGUUUGGUGAAUCGGCAAUAACUAUAGCUGCGCUUACGUCUUCAUGUUAUGGAAUUCAGAUUGGGGCUCACUGACAUAUUAUAUCACGGUACUCGAUUGUCUAAACUCAUUAGUUAGACGGACAAUGGGUUAAGCACACAAAUGCGGACAUGAGCUAGAGGUGGGGCCUAGUGUUUGGAUUAAAGUUAUGGCAUGGAAAUGGAUGCCUCCUUGUAAGUCAGCGCGAGGGGGAGCACAUGGUGGAUAUCAUCGACAACGACGGUCACACUGUUAUUUAAGAUCUGCCUUUGCCGGACUAAUGACUGUUGCAGGUCAAGGUUGACCAAAGAUGUCUUUGGCGGCCUUGUCUGUCCAUAAAGUCCGACAGUUUCCAUCCACAAAAAUCAGAUUAGAGUCUUACCGAAAUCACGUCUAGGCGUUUUAUAGGAAACGAAAUACAAAUCUUCCCAAUGACAAAUCAAACUCCCGAAGCGCAGAGUACCAUAAAGUCCCCAAUCUACGUCGGUCACAAACUACCAUUUUUGUUUUUGAAUUUCUUGUAGCAAACCAUAUGAGUUGGAAGCCGUACUGAAAUGUACUGACAUAAUAAAGAUUUCGAUGGAUCGUAUCAUUUGUCAGCUUGAUCCGUAACGGGCAAAAUAUAGCAAGCAGCAUAAAUGUGGAUUCCAAUGUGUCCCAAUCAGAUGUCAUACGCUCACGACGCCUAAGAAGACGAUGCGCAGAAAUGUUUACACAAAUUACAGUUCCUUCGCAAAAACAUGUUUUUUGAAUUUCUUGUCUCUCUCUCCUUUCUUUUAUAGUCCCUGCGCGUAGACACCCGUGACUACAGCUACCGAAACGGGAAGUGUAUUGCGGAUGUGAACCCCUCGGACACUUUGAAGUGCUCUAUCAAGGAAGGUUAGUCACGCUCUUCUUAUGAAAAGUCAGUACUUCGUGCGUGGCAUGGGUAAGCGGGCUGCUUAGUCUUGUCAUUCGGCAGUUCGAUCGUCGGUUUCGACGAUGUUCACCGUGUGCUCCACAGCAAGGCGGAGCAGGGACGGUGACUUGUGCGUGUGUUUGUUUACAAUGAAAGUAGAUUUGCACAGCAUCUACCUCGCAAUAUCCCUUCCUCAUUCCCCAACUGGACCCGGUGUCAAGACAGAGUCAAGAAGACCGGAGGUGGCGGAGCGCGCAGGUGGCUGGCACAGCUGGAGCCGCACCUAGGCAUGCCACCGCAUCCCCUGGUCCACAUAGCAAAUGACCAGGAUUUUAAGCCGACAACAACAACAACAACAACAGGAACAUCCCAGCAGGGGCCAGAAGGACGAGGAUGAUGACUGGGCAGCCAUGCCCGUGAGCGCAUCUGCCGUCAGGGAACCAGCUGUCAGGGAACUGCCAGCGCAUACCAGUCUGUGAGGGCCGUGGUUUGCUGAUACUGGCAUAACACUCGCUUACGGACCUUUUGACCACCCGAUCGACUCCACCUCUGGUUGUACUGAUGCUGUCUUGCUGGCAGAGCCUGAUGGAUGAGGGAGAGCGAGAGCGGUGGACGCUUCGCAAGCCUGUUCCUCUAUAAAGCAGUUUAUUCGCGAGUCCCUGAUGCUGCGUCUAUUCGGCGGUGCACACGUUGACGUCAUCACUUGAGACGAUUGGACUGGCACAGUUGCGUUUCCGGCCAUGUCGCAUUAACGGUUUAAUGGAGGCUUGUGCAUGCCUGAUCAAUCGAAGAGCCGUAUGGCAUAGUUUACCUGUGGAAGGGCAGGAUAGUUAGACCUGAAUGCUGGACCAUCUCGCACGAACGAGUAGUUUGCGUACUACUUUAUAACUGACUAUGAGUUAUAAGAAAAAUGUAAGAAAAAUGUCAGACAAAACUAUUUUUCAACUUCUUAAUCUACCACAGGUAGGCAGCUUUCAGAAUUACUGAGAUACUUUAUUAUGCGUUUAAAUAUAAAAAAAGUUAAAAAAUGCGACUACAGCGUAGACUGGCAAUUGUUUCAAUAUGAAGGCUCCUUAUGCGGAAUACUGCGUCGGCCUUCAGCGCAGAAUAAGAUUAUUCAGAUCUAUGACAUAAAACCUAAAAUAACUACUAAAGUAUGUGCGUCUGUCACAAUAUAUGCACCAAAAAUAUAUACAUUUUGCUACUAAAGUUUCUUGACUAUUGAUCCUUUAAACAUGGCGACAGCUAAUCUCUUUGGAGAUGAAUGCUACUUUGGAUUUUUGGAACAUCUUGAGUUUUUAUAUGCGCAUGAGCACCCGCAACAACGAAAUGCACAUUGUUAUAGAAUGUCGCCUUCGCAUUCGUCUACACUUGAGUGAAAUUAUCGACGGUCGAUGACCAUCGAGGCGGAUUUGGAUUGCACAGAAUGAAUAAACCUUCAAGUAUAAGAAUAUAUGAGUAAUCAUUAAGCAUCUGAUGAAUACUCUCAGUUUGCUGAUUAUAUAAAAGCCGAACUGCCCCAUUUUCUGAACCGCGAACAUUCAUUGGAUAUAUAUUUUUACGAAACCGACGUUCGAGAUGGAUUUUUCGAAUGCUUUCUGAGCUAUGCGAGUGCGUGUGCGUGGAGUCCAAAAUAACAGAAAAAAAUGCAAACUACAUGGAUCCUAGAAUCGUUCCCUGAAUGAUUCACAAUCGGUAGUCAGCACACUUUCAUGUAUUAAAUCACAUAAUGCUAUUUUGGAGGAUAGUCACUUUUGCGAAGUAGUCAGCGACUUAGAUCUUGCUUUUUAGGAUUUUUAACAUCGUUUUUAAAUGACAACCGAAGAACUCAAGCGGAAAACUACCGUAAAGCGCCAGUGUUUGUCAACUCACGUACAAUAUAACAAAGCACUCCCAAGGGUGUCUGCAUUUAACCUAGUUACCUAUAAUCAUGGGCAACAAUGCUCUACGCUGAUACAUUUACCUUCGGUACAAAUUAAUUAGACCUGUUUAUGAAUUUUGGAGGGGGAGACAUUUGAUAAGUAAAGUCGUUUUUUAAACUUCUACACAUCAAUGUCGUCUUCUAGUGGAUUAGGGGUUGUCAUUACACUAUCAUGCUUACGGAGCUAUUGUGUCAUGUUUAAGCAGUACUUUCACUAAGGAUUUGUCAUCCUCCUCCUCCUCCUCCUCCUCCUCCUCCUCCUCCGCCACCAUUACUAUUAUUAUUUCUGACGUUCCCACUGCUAUUGAUAGUAGUAUCGCCACAACCACCAUUGCUAAUGCUGCCGGUACCACUUUAUCGCCAAUAAUUUAAUUGUUGUUACCAAUGCCACUACUAUUGCUAACUUUCCACCGACAGUGAUGGAAUUAGUGUUACUAAUACGUCUAGGAAUAUUAUCGGUAUCAGUGAAUUCAAAUCAAUUUAGAUUGUGACUAUCUCCAUAACGUCUAACCGCCUAAUUACAUUAACGUCUGAAAUCAGUUUAUCCUUACUGCGAAUAAUAAUGUGACUACGGAUACUGUUCAUGCAAGGGAAAGCAAAGUGAACUCUUACACAGUGGUUACGCUAUUUGUGCAAAAAUAUGUGUACGGUGCUACUUAGGGAAAUCCAGCUUUUCACCAAGUCGAUUGGCUAUAUCCGUACCGCAAGCUUCCCUAAGAGAUGCAUCAUUAUGGGGGUAUAGCCUGCGGAAUAAAUUUGUUUUAUGCCUUCUCUCUCCUUCCCAGUUGUGCACAAGAAGAUGUACUUGACGGAAGUGACAAUAUGCAACCCACAGGAGCGCAUAUGGCUCGGAUUCAAACUGCCCAGAUUCUUCGCAAAGGGUCGAUACGGAUAUGUGACUAACUUCUUCUACCCAGGCGGAGAGUGGACCAAGGCUGAUAAAUGUACGUCCUAAUUUAUGCUAUUUAAGAAACGCGUCUAAUAAGGGUACACCCUUAUACAUUGAUAGGACAGUAAUUGUUAACGGACACAGAAUCUAGUUCAGAGCUUUGACGUUAUAAGAUAGGCUUUUGCCUAUAUAUUUAUCGGAUGCGUUUCAUGUAUCACUGGAUCUGAUGCACGAAGACUGGAGUACUUAUUCUCAACACGCUAGUAGCCUUCAUCGGCAUGGUCUCAUAGACUCGUUAAUGUCUCUUUCAGUAGCUAUCUGGAAACAGACUGUAUGCACACGACCGACGUCUUAAACUAUGCCCUGGGAGAACCAAUCACCGGCGUCGAUAGGUCGCAUUCAUCUGCGUGAAGGGCUUGAAAUGAAAUAUGCAGGCCGAAAUAGGGUUCGAAUGCUAUUCUAGCGCAUGCCUGUCACUUGCUGCGAAAGUAAAUGAGAUCGUAUUUUAGGAUUACCGAAAAAAUUAUCCAAUUAGCAUGACGAAUGGCCAGGAUGGGACGAAAUGGCAUCUGCUGCAUCGAUGUGGUCAACGCUGAUGUGUUAACAGUUCCAGUCUGGCUAUCGUCGUUGUUGAGCAUAUUCGAAAGCUUUUUGAUGCUUCCAGCAGACAGCGGCGUUAAGUAAUUUGAAUAAACAAAGAGCAAGCAAAAAUUACCGGAAACGAGAGACAGACGGGUCUUGUUUCAGCUAUCUUCUCUUUCGGUAAAGAUAAAAUUGGGGCUGCCGUGCUGGAAAGUAAUUAUGAUAACACAUGGGUUUCAUUACUUUGCCAAUUAUGGUGAAGGUGCGUUCAUUGGUCAGGUUGCAGAAUGCGGUUGUCUUGUUGAGAUAUGGGUCUUAAUUAAGAACCCUGGCAGAUAGUCGCAUAGCAAUCGGCAAUGUAUAUCAAUUUUUUUCGCCCGCCAUUAGACAGGAAAUGUUUAAACCAUAAAGUGCAUUCCCCGGGAUUCAACUCCAAAUUGUCCUUUUUUCUGCUGGCUCCACUUCCGGCUUGGCCGUCCCACAGUUAACCAUCCGUAGACGCGCCGGUUGGCCAGCUAUGGCUGCGAGUUAGACCAGUUUGUUUAACUGGUAUGAGGCUACCUGGUAAUCUUGUUGGUUGCUUGUGGACCAUUAUGUUAAGUAUCCCUUCCAUAAUGGCCAAGGGAUCGCCAAGCGUUGUCUUACUUCAUGGCUUUGCUUCUGCAAUUCGCUUCACGUUCAUCACCUUCCUGACGGGUGGGGGGGGGUUAACUCCCAGCCGAUGGAAUACCCGGUGUAUUUCAGUCAUUUCCAGAACGAAAGAAACCCGUCUCCUUGUUCCUGUAAGACAAACUGAAGUAUUUUGUCGCUGAAGCAUGGUUUGUUGAACCGAACAUCUGUGCAUAUAAUAAAGCAAUUAAAUAUUAGUUAUCAGAUGACAUGAAGCCAAGAAAUGUUAAUAAGCUCUGUACUCGACUCCCGUUGGUUGGUCCAUCUUCCUUAUCCGUUCAGAUCGUCAACGGUGAUUUUUUUCAGAUUAGUCAGUGAAAAAUGGCACUGAAUCAUGUACAAAACGUAGCUCCCUACCUGAAUCACGGGGCUCACCCACUGAGGUUUAUGAGCAAUUCAUAUAACCUUGAACAAAUUACAGCGGUGGAUGCGUCCUCGGCGAGGAUUGAGUCAUGUUAGCUCUCCAGAUACUAUAUAAUCUCGCCCUCGCUGUGGGCCUGACUUUGAGAACAGAAGUGAAAUAUAUUUUUGAUAUUUCUAUUUCCACGAGGUAAUAAAACAGAGCUUCCUGCCGGUACCGUCUGCGCCCCUUAAGAAACCGAACUGGUGUGAAUUUUUAGGAAUUUCUUCCAACGAAAAAACUGAAGUUGGAAGUAACAGACGGGCAAUCGAGUGGGAAAAAAUGUUUACUCUGUAUCAACUGUAGAUUGCCUUCAGCCAAACCUGUCUUCUCCACUGCGGAUCUUCGCUAAGGGAGAAAAGCAAGUCGAAAUAACAUGCAGCACAAGGAAAAGUUCGUGUUCAGCGUCUCCGUGGGUAUGUUUUGUCUUUCACAUCUGCCAACGCGUUUGCAGCUGUUUAAAAUUUUUCCAUUCGAUGCGAAUUCGAGUUCAUAGCCCAACUGCUAGAAUACGAUUGAUAUAAGGCACCUUAGGUUACUACAGACUUUCUAGGUUGAUGUUCAUUCAGGCCGCAUUUCCACGCGUAGAAUACACCACGUUUCUCUAGGACAGCUAGUCCAACCAUUUGGAAGUGUUAGGGUACAAGCCAUAAACGUUUAAUGUUCGAAAAUUUGUUUGGCUGAAAUGAUUUUUGUUCCUUCAGAUAGUAAUGUUCACACCCGAUCGAGAGUUGUGUCGAAAUUUCUCGGCGCCCUAUUGCGGUGAGUUUGCGAAUGUUUUUCCAUUAACCCCUAUAUAUAACUGCAUGUAUUUAUGAACAGUUUGCCGGAAAAGGCCAGAGAGAUUAACUGUUGAAUGGAUAUGAGUUGUAAUCGCGUUGUCGUUGUUGUUGUUGUUGUUGUCAUCGUCGUCACCGAACCAAAAUCCAAGCCAACUUACAGUCGUCUGGAAUGUCCGAAGUCCACGAGGAAAUUUAGUGAAAUUCAAAGUUACAUGCGCAACUAAUAUCUCUCCAGCUGAUCAUCUACCAAGAAAGAUGCUCCUCUGUUUCAAAACCCUCGAGGAAUAACAGACUUUUCGAAACGGCAGUAGGUGUCAAGCUUUCGAGAGGCCUGUUAAAUAAUAUGGGAUUUGCAAAACACUAUCUGUUUGCUCUUACCUGAGUGAAUAUUUAUUAGAGUUUUCCGGAUUAGGCUGAAAACUGACGCUUCGUAAUCUAUCUAGAGGGUGGCUCUUCUUCACGACUGUCGUUUAAAAUACUAAACUGCAAGUCAGAUUACUUGCCUACGGGCGUGAUCAAGACAACAAGUCUCCCGGAAGAUUUACAUACCGUACAAACUUUUAUGACCCAGAAAAAUUGGAAAACUCUACGACGCCUUUUCAUAAUGAUAAUGCACUACUUUUUCUCGAAAUUAAAGCACAAACGUCGCUGGGGAAUUGUCACUACAGGCAAAAGGACGAGUUCCAGGAAGCAGUUCAGAGGGGGGGGACUCAAUCACUGGAACAAGAAUUUUAUUCGUCUGACGUUCCGGAUUCACACUCGAACCCCACAUUAAAGACAGCGGCUGGUAGGGAUGGCUAAUGCACAAUGCUUUCAGUACUUGUAGGUGUAGUUGCUAUGCAACCGCAUAUCUGCCACAAAUAGCAGCUUCUGCAUUGAUCGGAAAUAGUCAUAUGUGGUGAGGCGAUUAAUUGAUAGUCCGCAUCUGAAUCGCUAACCACUGCAAUCUCGUCGGUCCUAGAUACUUGCUCGACAAUUUGGACCCAGGAUAUCGUCACUAGAAACAAUGCUCGCCAAUGCGCGCUCCAAGCGGGACUAUGUGAUCUCUCUUCAGGUAGCUUCGACAAAACUGCUUAUGGUACCGUCGGGUGUUCCGCCGCCGUGCUGGAAAGAAAAGACUACCUUCAGGAAACCGAGAACUCGCUGAAAGUGGCCAGUUAUAUUUUCCUGAAAUAACUGGCCGCGAAAAGGGACUGGCGAGCGAAAUUAAUAUCGAUUUGUUGACAACGGAGACCUUAGUUCAAUAUUGCCUCGGACGCGACCAAAUACCCUAAUGGUUUGGGUGCUCUCUGGAAUUGUCCACGGACAAGUGAACGUGAGGUCAAUAGUUUCACUGAUUUCUGAAGUCAGUGGUUUGAGAAACCAGUUUUCUAACACCAUGUGCUGACACCUCUGGGCGCGGUAUGUGGAAGAAAUCGUCGUCCACAUCAAAUGGAUCAGAUGUGGACAUCUAAAGGACAUCUUGACGCCAUCCCCACAGGCAUGCAGUUAACGACGGACGAGGAAGAUAGUAAGCAGCUUCCCUUCUUGGAUCUGCUCUCCUCUGUCGCAGGGCUGCACAGGCAGGUGAAAAGUACGAAAAAAACAGCCGCAGCCACGCAAUCAGCUAGCAACUAGGUGCAUAGGUGCUAAGGUGCAUUACAGCGAACAGGAGGACAGGGUUAUCGAACUAUAACAUCUAGCGGGUACUCAGAGCAGGUAGCCACUAGUGCAAAUUCGUCAACUGGUGACAAGGUAAGACGAAAUAAAAACACUGUGCCGUUCUGAAAUUUUAGCGACUGCUCCCGCACUCCAAGAAUGGCCCUGAAAGCUGUCAGAUGCCAUCUUUGGCCAUUUGGAUUUGGGAUCCCAGACUGAUUGGAGGCAACCACUAGCCGCCAGAUAAUUAGGUCGAAAGAUCUGCCGCCACAAUGGAACACGCUUGCAGUCGCUUGCCGAAUCCAGUAUAAUUGCGGGCAGAGCAAAUGCGCAGGGGGAACUCGGAGAUUACUCCGGACACGGAUGACCGAAUAGGCGGCGCAGUGAACAGGAAUAACCCCAGUCCACAGGUCGCGGAUCAUUUAGCAGGAUCCAUGCAAACCUUGAAGGCAAAAAAGAUCAAAAUUCUCGUGAGAGGUGACAAAUGUGUGCAUCACGCGCCGCCUCAGCCCUGGUUAUCCUGCUCACAGUCCAUUAAGAAGCCCAGUGACUUUCUCCUUCAUAUUAGCUGCUCGGAAUUUGCCUGACCAGAGUCGUGCGGGAAGUGCGCGAACCAACAUUAUUUCCAAUGUCAGAGUCGGUGAAAAACAAUAACCUACCCGGCUGGAUGUUCCAUAUGCACGUUCCGACUUCAUUGAUUGACCCUCUACGAACAAUUAAGUCAGAGAGAGUAUAUCUCCUCUAUGGUGGUUGCCAGUCUGAUAAGGUAAAACCAAUGAUCUGAGAUGUUUGACCUGAGCCAAAAUACGCAUCUUCGUGUCUUUUUUAGGAAAGAAAGACAAUGGAGAUGUGGUGGAGUACACCUACACACUGAAGCGUCCUAAUCAGGGCCAUCAGUUUGAGUACGUCUUCUGUUCCACCUCUAACAGCUACCUAUCUACUAUCAUCGACUGGGAAAACAAGAGUAAGUUUCCAAUCAAAACAUUCUCAGCUAUGUCCCAUCAUCAAAAACAUUGUUCUGUCCUACCGCGAGUAACCCUGUUGUACCAAAAUCCUGUGCUACCAAUUGGAGGAUCUGAGGUCAGUCAUUCAUUAAGACUGUAGACCACAGUUGCUCGUCAGUAUUAGACGCCUGAUACUAAAAUACUAACGAUAAUAUAAAGUGUCAGACGAUUUGCUACACGACGCAGACCAGUGGACGCAAAAAUGCAGACAGUCACCUAGUUAAAGGGCAGUCCUAUGUAAUACAGUAGCUAGUCGACUGUUGUAUAGGAGAAUCAAAGAAGGAGGCUGUGGAAAAUAUCAAUAUUUUGAGUGUAGUGAAAUUUCUACACAGUAACUGCACAGACGUGUCUGCUUUAAGGAGAACCAAAAAGUGGUCACAAACGAGUCGUUUAAAAUUUGGGUUCGGUACUCUUCCGAUUCCAUUAGAAGAAAACGACCCUUUAAAAGAAAUUGAUGUAGAUAAAUGUUUGGAAAAGUAGAUAUUCGGUGACAGAAGCUAAGGUCCGCUACUGACAGUAAAGAGAUAAGGUAACGUAUUCUGCCAAAAGAUAGUCAACUGGAGGAAGUACCUGUUUAAACUUAAUGCAUCCACCAAAGUUUAAAAUUAAUAACUCUGAAUGGUUUGAAGUUGGAUCACAGUACCCCCUUGUGUCGGCAAAAUUUAAGCUGACUGAAGAUGUGCUGAAUGCAUAAGUGUUAAAGUGUUAAAAGAGUUUGAAAGUCGAAAAACGUCGACGCGGCGUCUGAGCUUGUAGUCAUGCUUUUCCGCACAAGUCGGGGAUAUAAUCGAUGUAAAAAUUUCUGAUAUGUUUGCCUGAACGAGCUAGUAACUAAAUGUUUCUUGCUUUUUAACGAACUCCUACCCAGAAUACGAAGGUGACGAUGACAUUGGCGAGAGCGAGGACGGCAAGGAUGAGGAGGAGAGCGAGGGGGGCAAGGAUGAAGAAGAGAGCGGAGACGAUGAGGAUGAGGAAGACAGCGAGGACGGCAAGGAGGAAGAAGAGAGCGGAGAUGAUGAGGAUGAGGAAGACAGCGAGGACGGCAAGGAGGAAGAAGAGAGCAGAGAUGAUGAGGAUGAGGAAGACAGCGAGGACGGCAAGGAUGAGGAGGACAGCGGAGACGACGGGGACGAAGAAGGCAACGAGGACGGGGAGGAUGAGGAAGACGGCCAAGGUGACGACGAAGAUGCUAGUGAGGAUGACGUUGGCGGCCCCGAAAACGACGACAUCCAAGGCAACCCCGAUCAGUGUAGGGACUCCUGGAAAGAGUCCUCAAUACACGAUCUUGAAGAAGGUGUAUUCGGCUCAGAAGAUGACGGAGUUGACUUGAGUGAUGUUGCAGACGUGGACGAUGAAUGA